AUGGUCAGGUUAGGCGACGUGACACUCAAUCAGAAUAGCAACGAGGGGGCCGGCAUCUACAUACGGGAUGUUUUGAUCGCUCCGGAUGGCGCAUCAGCAACAAUUGAACUGAGACGUUUGAAGACAGCAGCACCAGGGGAAUCACAAUUCCUGAAGGUCAAACAGCUACCAAACAUACUCUGCCCCGUCAAAGCAUUAGGCAGGUGCAUUAAGGGUGUGGACUCAACAGACACACAUCUGUUCAGCGUCACAACCAACAACAAAUUUGUCCCUCUGACAAAGUACCGGGUUAAGAAAUGUCUAUCCGAAGUCUGGCAAUCAAACGGUUAUUCAGGACUUUUGGGGCACUCUUUCCGAGUGGGUGGCGCCCCUUUCCUCAACGCGUUGGGGGUCCCCAUAAACCAAAUCUGCUUAGUCGGCAGAUGGUCCUUGUCCUGCUACAAAUUAUAUUCGCAGACGUAUUUGUCCGAAGAGCUGGACAGCUCCCUAAAACUCUUGGGGAGACUUGACUUACAAUGGAAAUUGAUGCGUGCUUAG